AUCAAAAAGCGCGGACGGAAGUUGUAUAAUAACUCCGGAACUUUACUAAAAAUGUUCCGCGUUCUGAUUGGACGAUAGAACAUACGCUACGCCCGACCAAUCACAGACCGGCUCGGAAGAGCCGUAAAGAUAUAUAAUCACAAUUUCGACGGGUAUUAAGCACACGUCAUCUCCUCGACGAAGAAACAGCAAUUCUGAAAAUGUCUGGAAGAGGCAAAAGUGGAAAGACAAGAGCAAAGGCGAAGAGCCGCUCAUCCCGUGCCGGGCUCCAGUUCCCCGUUGGCCGUGUUCACAGGCUGCUGAGGAAGGGCAACUAUGCUCAUCGUGUCGGUGCCGGAGCUCCCGUCUACCUGGCAGCGGUGCUCGAGUACUUGACUGCUGAGAUCCUGGAGUUGGCUGGAAACGCUGCCCGUGACAACAAGAAGACCCGUAUCAUCCCCCGUCAUCUGCAGCUGGCUAUCCGCAACGACGAGGAGCUGAACAAACUGCUCGGAAAAGUUACCAUCGCUCAGGGAGGAGUUCUGCCCAACAUCCAGGCUGUCCUGCUGCCCAAGAAAACCGAGAAAGCCACCAAGAAGUAAACAGUUAACAUCUCAACCAAAUCAACGGCUCUUUUAAGAGCCACCCACUAAACCCUAAAGAGUUAAAUAUUCCUGUGAUAAAAUAUGUCACAAUACACAUGUAC